AUGGCCGAAGGGAUUGACACCUUGCAAUCCCUGUACUCGCGUUCGGGGAUGUCGUUUUCUGACGGUCCUUCAAACGCAGCGGGUGUGUCUCGUCGUACUGCUCGACGAGACCAAGGACAUCAACAAUCAGCUGGCUACGAGACUCCCAGCUGUCCCAUGCCAGUGGAUAGCCACGCCAGCGGACGAGGUAGCUUGUCCGGACGCCAUUCACAUCGCGGUGGUUCAAAAUACGCUGCACUGGAAAGCAUUGACCACCGCUUGAGUCCACCAAAAGAUGUGGUGGCGGCGGGAACACCUGAUCCGGAUCGAGGGUCGGAUCAGCUUCAUGUUCAAGAGCUGAACCGUGUAACAGAACAGUUGCAAGAAGACCUGGCUCACGAACGGACUCGGCGUUAUGGGCUUAAGGAUCUUGUAAGGGAUAAUUACAAUUCCCUUACGCACGAUCGUUCGUACGAUCGUGCCGCUUUUGCGCUCGCGCAACUUGAGAACGAACGUGCGACUCGUUCUCUUCGUGACGGGCUGGCUGUAGCUCGUCGAGACAUCGCUGAACUGCGUGAACAGGUCGCUUCGCUAGUCGGCCAGACUGGCUCGUUGAACCGGGACCACUCGAAGGUGGUCUCGGCUCUCGACCGUGGAGGUUUUCUUCGCCUCUCGAAACGGGCUCGUACUGAUAUUACGGGUGGAGACGAUUGA